AUGGCACGACCCGAGGCAAUCACCAUGGUCUAUCGACGCAAGCUUCCAUACGACACUCAUCCGCUGUUUAGCCAGCGCCAAAUCCUCAUCAUCACCUCUCUCAUCGGCGCAGCGCUAUGUCUGCUGACGAUCAAUGCCAGCGGGGAUCUGACCUACACCGUCAGCCUACUGUUCCUGUUCCUCAGCACGUUCCUCGCAGCCUGCGACCUCAAUUGUUACGCCAUGACGAAGAUAAAGCAGCCGGAAGAGGAGCUUCGAUGGCCACAAGUUGUCACCAUCGUAGCUGACCUCUUCCUGGCGAUUGUCCUCCAGCUUAGCGUCUGGGCUUCAGCAGAUGCUGUGGAGCACCUGUCGCCAGGCAGCCGAGUCUGUGCUGCUCACGCUGCGCUUACUGAUCUCCUGUGCUCACUAUUGCACGCCUACUGCUUCUGGAAACAAGUUGAAGCACGAUGGAUGACGAAGUGGCUAGCGGGCCUCCAGAAAGAACCUUGCAAGCAGUGUGGUCACAAACCGGAUGAGGAUGUUUCGGUAGGGCCAGACCAACGAUCGCCAGCUACUCGUGGCAGACCGUCAGGUGAGAGAGCAAGUCCGACACAAGAUCAAAAUAGCCGCAUGGAGGAGGGAAACCUGAUUGACUCGGACUUGGGCUCGGCGUACGAGCACGUCGAAAACACAGAGUGA